GUCCGUCUGUCCCACGGAGCUUCAGUUUAAAGCUGCUGUCAGACUCUGACAGAGACCAAGAGGACAGCCAUGUUUUUAGCCAGACCAGAGAUCAAGCCGUGAAAGAGAAGAGGCGGUCGCCCCCCUCCAACAGAUCCCCCUCCGCCCAACAACGCAACCCUCACCACAGCGGCUCUGCAGACGAACAGGAGAGCCCUGAGAGAGUGGUGCAGAAGGAGAAGCUCCAUGCAGAGCUGAAGCAGGUGUUGAGUCAGAAGAGAAGUCAUCUGAGAGAGUCCACCUGCCAACUGGCCCAACCAGAGAUGGACUCCGAGCCUACAGACGAGCAGACAUGUGUGGAGGAAGCCUCUCAAUCCAUGGAAAUCGUGGUGGAGACGGAGGCGGAGGCCGGUGCCAGCGGCUACAGUGUGACCGGUGGAGGACAGCAAGGGAUCUUUGUGAAGGACGUCCUCAGAGACUCGCCAGCCGCCAAGCAUCUCAGUCUACAGGAAGGUGACCAGCUGCUGAGUGCCAAGGUCUACUUUGACAAUGUGAAGUAUGAAGAUGCUCUGAAGAUCCUUCAGUGUGCGGAGCCGUAUAAGGUCAGCUUCCAGCUGAGGAGGACCAUCCCUGAAGCAGAGGUUGACUUGCGGCCUCAAGUUCCCAGUGUGGAGGUCAAAGGUCCCAAAGCCAAGAUAGCCAAAAUGAGUGUGAAGGGCAGCAAGCCCUUCAAGACCAAGAAGAAGAGAGGUGGUCGUUUUGGUCUGAAGAGGCUGAAGGAGAAGCGCAAGGAGGAGCUGGUGAUAGAGGGAACGCCCCCCAGGCUGGAGAAGAGUGAUGUCGACGUGGAGUUUUCUCUCCCCAAAUUCAAACAGAGGAAAAGCACAAAGGUCCAAGCAGAAGCAGAAGGAGCAGGAGAAGGAGCAGGAGAAGGAGAAGGAGAAGCUGCCGUGGGGAAGGCAAAGAGGAUCAGGUUUCCACAUAUGAAAACAAAGAGUUACACUGGAGAAGAGACAGGAGGGAAAGUGGGCACAGGACGACCCGAGGAACAGGUGAAUAUCUCUCCAUCUGAGAUAACGGGAGCUAAGGUGAAAACCAAAGGAAAAGGAAACAAGUUUGGAAUUACGUUUCCUAAUACCAAGCACACAAAAUCAGGCUCCGCGUUGGAAACUGGAUCUGUAGAACUGAACCCUCCAGGUGUGAACACCCAGCUACCAUCAGUGGAGUUCAAUUUGUCUGGUGAUGAAAACCCGGACAUGGAGAAGGGAGGGGUUAAGAUUAAUGUGCCGGAUGUGGAGUUUGCACUCCCUUCAGGAAAAGCUGAGGCAUCUUUGCCCACUGUGAAGGGAAAGGCUGAAAUCAAGGCUUCUAAAAUCAACAUCAAAGGAGGAGCUGAUGCAGAGGCAGCUGUGGGAAAAGGGUGCGUAGACAAAGGCAAAGGAGAUGCAAAGUUAAGAAUGCCAAAGUUGAAACUGCCAAAAGUUAGACUCCUGCGUCAUUCUGAUGAGAUCGAUGGUGACAUCAAGGUGAAAACCAAAGGAAUGGAACUCCCUCACGCUGACAUAAAGCCUCCAAAAGUAGCAAUUAAAGGAGGUGGGGAGAUUAAUUUCACUGAGGCAAAUAUCACCAAACCAAAGAAGAAAGUCGAUCCCUCAGUAAAAGCUGCAUCGAUUCAAAUGCCUUCUGUAGAUUUUUCUGGAUCAAAAGUGACAGGAAAUUCUGACCUGGAAGUCUCACUCCCGGAGUUUAAAGGAGCCGGGAAGACAGCAAACAAAAUGCCUACCGUUGAAAUCUCUGUGCCUGAUGUUGAUUUGGAAUUGGACACCAGAUGCAGAAUUCCUGAUGAGGUGGAGGGUACUUUCAAAGGGCCCAAAAUGUCCAUGCCAAAGGUUGAUAUCGCUUUGCCAAAAAUUGGAUCAUCCAAAGUGGAUAUUGAAGGUCCAGAAGGUGGAGUGGAAUUCAACCUACCUACUGUAGACAUCUCUCUCCCAAAGGGGAAACCAGAAGGUGGGGAUGUGGAUAUGGAUUAUUAUGUUGGUGGAAAUGGGAAAUUCAAAUUGCCUGAGUUUGACAUAUGUCUUCCAAUGAUUAAGUCACCAGAAGGAGAAGUUAAUAUGAAAGGAGAAGGCUUCAAGUUACCCAAAGUAGACCUGACGCUUCCCAAAGGCGAAACAGGACCACCUGAUUUUGACAUUUCACUCCCUAAAAUGAAAACUUGUGAGAUGGAGGUCGACAUUAAAGGCCCUGAAGUGAAAGGUGGUCAAUUUGAAAUGCCCACACUCAACAUUUCUCUGCCCAAAGGCAAAGUGCAAGGAGACGGGACUGGGAAAGGAGGAAACUUCAAAAUGCCUGCCUUUGAUGUUUCUAUACCAAAGCUAAAACAACCAGAGGGACAUAUGAACAUAGAGACAACCAAGCUAGAGAGUGGGGGAAAGAUUCAGAUGCCCUCUCUGGAUAUAUCAAUGCCCAAAGGAAAGAUGGAGGGUGACAUAGAUGGUCCAUCUGUAAAAGGAGGGAAGUUCAAAUUUAACAUGCCCUCUUUAGACAUUUCUCUCCCAAAAAUGAAGCUACCUGAAGGAGAUGUGAAGCUAGAAUACCCUGAACUUCCAAACAUUGACUUUUCACUCCCCAUGGGGAACAUAGAGGGCAACAUGGAGCUCGAGGGCAGUGGUGAUAGCAGUGCCAGGUUCAAUAUGCCAACUUUUGACAUCUCACUCCCAAAGAUAAAAAACAAGGAGGUAGAGAUUGAUAUGGAAAGACCAGAAGUCGAAGGUGGAGCAAAGUUCAACAUGCCGUCAGUCGACAUCUCUCUUCCUGUUAUGAAAUCACCAGUGGGGGAUGUAAAGAUUAAAGGUCCUAGAGCCAUAGAAGGAAAGUUCCAGAUGCCUUCCUUACAUGUGUCACGACCAAAGAUCAAUAUUGAAGCUGAACUGCCUACAGUUGAUAUCUAUCUUCCAAAAGCAGAGAAUACAAUAGAUAUUGAGGGACCAACAGGAAAAGGAAGCAAGUUUAAGAUGCCUACAUUUGAUGCAUCGCUACCAAAGAUGAAGAUGCCUGAGGGAAAUAUUAGCCUUGAGCGACCCUCAAUUGAUAUCUCUCUUUCAAAGGGGAAAGUAGAGGGUGACCUAGAAACUAAAGGUAAAGGAGGACAUUUUCAUAUGCCCUCAAUUGAUGUUUCUCUCCCUAAAAUGAAAUCAAAGCGAAGUGACAUCAACAUCGAGGGACCAGCAAUUAGAGGUGGGGAAAUUAAAACGCCAACUAUUGACAUCUCAACCCCUCAGGGGGCAUUAGAGGGUGAUAUCUGUUUCGAAGGUCAAGGAAAAGGAGGUAAAUUCAACCUGCCCACUGUAGACAUCGCCCUUUCUGCAGUAAAAUUCCCUGAAGGGGAUGUGAAUUUUCAAGGGCCAAAAGUUAAAGGUAUGAAAUUUGAAAUGACGAAAAUUGACCUCUCACUUCCAAAAGAAAAAGCACAGGGAGAUAUUGAUAUUGACAAUCACUCCGGAAAAGAUGGGAAUAUUCAAAUACCCUCAUAUGAUAUUGCAAUUCCGAAAGGAAAAGUCAAAGGUCCUGAAUUUAAAGGAGGAAAAAUAAACAUGCCAGGCAUUGACCUGUCACUCUCCAAAGGAAAGGCUGACACUGACUUCAGUAUUGAGUGUCCUGAAGUAAAAGGAGAAAAAUUCAACAUGCCCCAAUUUGAUGUUUCCCUUCCAAAGAUGAACCUGCCAGAGGGCAAUGUGGAAAUGCCAAGAGUUGAUAUUUCACUCUCAAAAGGAAAAGUAAAGGGAGAUAUUGACGUUCAGGGACAAGGAGGAGGCAAUGUUCAUUUGCCCUUGGUUGAUAUCUCUCUUGAUAUUGAGGGGCCUGAGUUGAAGGGGGGUAAAUAUAAAAUGUCAAAAUGUGAUGUCUCAUUGCCAGAAGUAAGUCUCCUAGAGGGGAAUGUCAAACUAAAAGGCCCAGACAUUAAGGGAGGGAGGAUUGAGAUGCCAGACAUUGAUAUUUCACUCCCCAAAAGAAAAGCAGGAGGAAAAAUUGAAAUUGAAGGGCAUGCUGGAAAAGGAGGCAAGUUCCAUAUGCCAUCUGUUGAUAUCUCUCUUCCUAAAAUAAAGGCUAAGGAUCCAGACAUACAUAUUGAAGGCCCUGGUGUUAAAGGUGGAACACUAAACAUGCCAUCACUUAAUGUUUCUCUGCCCAAAAUAAAAUCUCCUGAUGUAGAUAUCAGCCUUGGGGGUCCUGAUGUCAAAGCAGGAAAGAUCAACAUACCAACUCUUGACAUUUCCCUUCCAAAAGCAAAAGUUGAGAGAGAAAUAAAUGUUGAUGACCCUGAAGUGAAAAGAGAGAAAUUCAAAAUGCCCAAAUUUGAUGUCACUCUACCAAAAUUGAGUCUCCCAAAGGUUAAUGCCAAUGUGGAAGGACCAGAUAUGAAAGGAGAAAUUGAUAUGCCAACGAUUGAAAUGUCCCUUCUAAAAGGAAAAGCCGAUGUGGAUAUUGACGUUGAUGGGCACAGUGCUAAAGGAGGCAUGUUUCAUAUGCCCUCACUUGAUAUCUCACUCCCUAAAAUUAAAGCAAAGGGAGUUGAUGUCGAUAUUCAAGGACCUGAAUUUAAAGGUGAAAUUUCACACCCCAAAAUGAAGUCUCCAAAAGUAGAUAUCAGCCCUGAAGUUCAUGAUAUUAAAGGAGGAAAGUUUAACUUUCCAACUGUUGACAUUUCACUCUCCAAAGGAAAAGUUGAAGGAGACCUUAAUGUUGAGUGCCCUGAAGUGAAGGGGGGUACAUUUAAAAUGCCCACAUUUGAUGUGUCUUUACCAAAAGUGAGUCUCCUAGAGGGUGAUGUCAAAAUAAAAGACCAGGACAUCAAGGGAGGGAAGAUUGAUAUGCCAGACAUUGAUAUGUCACUCCCCAAAGAAAAAACAGUAGACAUUGACAUUGAAGGGCAUGUUGGAAAAGGAGGCAAGUUCCACAUGCCCUCUGUUGAUAUCUCACUUCCUAAAAUAAAAGCAAAGGUAAUUGAUGUGAAUAUUGAAGGUCCUGAAUUUAAGGGAGGAAAAAUCAACAUGCCAGACAUUGAUCUGUCACUCCCUAAAGGAAAGGCUGCCCUGAUUAUUGAAGGGCCUGAGUUAAAAGGAUGCACAUUCAAAAUGCCCAAAUCUGAUGUUUCACUUCCAAAGAUGAACCUGCCAGAAGGCAAUGUCAAAGUGGAAGGACCAGAGAUGAAAGGAGGAGGUAUUGCAUUGCCAGCUGUUGCAAUUUCAGUUCCAGUGGGAAAAGUCGAGGAAGGUAUCAAUAUUGAAGGACCAUCUGGAAAGGGAAAGUUUGAAGUGCCAAAAGUUGACCUAUCUGGUAAAAAAGGUGGUGGGCUCCAAAUGCCAAGUCUUGACAUUAAUCUCCCCAAAUUUGAUCUUGACCUAAGCCUUCCCUCUGGGCUGAAAGACAAAAGUCUUAAAGUGGACACCAGUGGUCUGAAAGCAUCAGGAGAUUUGAAGGUUUUUGGUUUAAAAAAAGAUAUUAAUCCAGCCAGGUUAAAAGUGAAAGGUGCAGAUAUCGAGACAGGUGGUGUAGAUGGUCUAGAUGCAUCGCUCAAACUUCCUUCUGUCAAACUACCGACAGUUGACAUCUCAGCUCCAAAGGUGGAUCUAGACUUUGGCCUCACCAAACCUAAAGUUGAUGAUGUGGAAGUGGAGCUUCUUAAAUCAGAGGGAGGCAGACCUUCUUCCGGGGGCAGCUUUGAGAUACCUGAUGUCUCCCUCAAUGUCCCCAGUUUCUCUCUUCCUAGGUUUGGUGGAAAGUCCAAGAGUGGUGAUUUGGCAAUGUCUGGCCCCAAGGGAGAUGUUUCCCUCAGCCUACCACAUGUGGAAGGAGAGAUUAGGGCACCAUCAGUGGAGUUUGAUGGGGAUGGAAAAGUAAAAGUAAAAAAGACUAACAUCAAAAUGCCUUCAUUUGGUGUAUCCAAAAAGCAUGCAGAUGUAUCUGUGUCUUGUCCUGAUGUGGAUGUCAAAGUAACAAAGGGGGAAAUUGCCAUUUCUAAACCAGAAAUCAGUGUUGAGAACAGAGACAAAAAAUCUAAAUAUAAAGUGAAAUUCCCCAAGUUUAACAUAUCAUCACCAAAGGAUCAACUCCCAAAGGGAGAGGUUGAUGCUAAACUGGAAGUGGAAGGGAAGGGUGGCUUCCAUGCACCCGAUGUCUCUAUCAAACUACCAAAGUUCUCCAUGCCAGGAUUUGGCUCUAAAGAAAAAGAUUUAGGUAAACCAAGUGGUUACAUUGAGUCUAAAACCAAGGUUAAGAUACCAUCUGUUGAGCUGUCACUACCAGCAGCUAAAACACAAGAGACUGAGGUUCUUCUCCCCAAAGCAGAGGUUGACGUCACAGAGGCUGAUAUCAGAAGUUAUGAGGGAAACCUCAAAAUUCCCAAAAUGCCAACAAUUAACGUUUCCAUUCCCAAGAUAGACCUGGAUGUAUCCCUGCCAAGAGUAAAGCAUGAGGCAAAGAUUGAUGAAAUAGGAGGAAAAUUCAAAAUGCCUGACAUGAAAAUGCCCAAUAUCGACAUCCCUCUGCCCAAAGGAAAGUGUGAAGGUCCAGAUGUUGAAAUGGAGGGAGGUACUGGAGGGAAAUUCAAAAUGCCUCUCAUGAAAAUACCCAAUAUCGACAUCUCACUGCCCAAAGGAAAAAUUGAGGGUCCAGAGACGGAGAUCCAAGGAGAAGGUGGAAAGUUUAAGAUGCCACAUCUCAACAUGCCUUCUGUUGAUAUAUCUCUUCCCAGAGGAAAUAUUGAAGGUCCAGAUGUUGAAAUGGAGGGAGGUACAGGAGUAAAAUUCAAAAUGCCUCACAUGAAAAUGCCCAAUAUCGACAUCUCUCUGCCCAAAGGACAGUGUGAAAGUCCAAAUGUUAAAAUGGAGGGAGGUACUGGAGGGAAAUUUAAAAUGCCUCACGUGAAAAUGCCCAAUAUCGACAUCUCUCUGCCCAAAGGAAAGAUUGAGGGUCCAGAUAUUGAAAUGGAGGGAGGUACCGGAGGGAAAUUCAAAAUACCUCACAUAAAAAUGCCCAAUAUCGACAUCUCUCUGCCCAAAGGAAAAAUUGAAAGUCCAGAGAUGGAGAUCAAAGGAGAAGGUGGAAAAUUCAAAAUGCCUCACGUAAAAAUGCCCAAUGAAGACAUCUCUCUGCCCAAAGGAAAAAUUGAAAGUCCAGAGAUGGAGAUCAAAGGAGAAGGUGGAAAGUGUAAGAUGCCACAUCUCAACAUGCCCUCUGUUGAUAUAUCACUUCCUGAAGGAAAGAUUGAGGGUCCAAAUGUUGAAAUGGAGGGAGGUACAGUAGGAAAAUUCAAAAUGCCUCACAUGAAAAUGCCCAAUUUGGACAUCUCACUGCCCAAAGGAAAAAUUGAAGGUCCAGAUGUUGAAAUGGAGGGGGGUACAGGAGGGAAAAUCAAAAUGUCUCACAUGAAAAUGCCCAAUAUUGACAUCUCACUGCCCAAAGGAAAGAUUGAGGGUCCAGAGAUGGAGAUGCAAGGAGAAGGUAGAAAGUUUAAGAUGCCACAUCUCAAUAUGCCCUCUGUUGAUAUAUCACUUCCUAAAGGAAAGAUUGAGGGUACAGAUGUUGAAAUGGAGGGAGGUACUAGAGGGAAAUUUAAAAUGCCUCACAUGAAAAUGCCCAAUAUCGACAUCUCCCUGCCCAAAGGAAGAAUUGAAGGUCCAGAUGUUGAAAUGGAGGGGGAUACCAGAGGGAAAUUUAAAAUGCCUCAUAUGAAAAUGCCCAAUAUCGACAUCUCACUGCCCAAAGGAAAGUGUGAAGGUCCAGAUGUUGAAAUGGAGGGAGGUACAGGAGGAAAAUUCAAAAUGCCUCACAUGAAAAUGCCCAAUAUCGACAUCUCACUGCCCAAAGGAAAAAUUGAAGGUCCAGAUGUUGAAAUGGAGGGGGGUGCCGAAGGGAAAUUGAAAAUGCCUCACAUGAAAAUACCCAAUAUCGACAUCGCACUGCCCAAAGGUAAGAUCGAGGGUCCAGAGAUGGAGAUCCAAGGAGAAGGUGGAAAGUUUAAGAUGCCACAUCUCAACAUGCCCUCUGUUGAUAUAUCACUUCCUAAAAAAAAGAUUGAGGGUACAGAUGUUGAAAUGGAGGGGGGUGCUGGAGGGAUAUUUAAAAUGCCUCACAUGAAAAUGCCCAAUAUCGACAUCUCUCUGCCCAAAGGAAAGUGUGAAGGUCCAGAUGUUGAAAUGGAGGGGGGUACUGGAGGGAAAUUCAAAAUGCCUCACAUGAAAAUGCCCAAUAUUGACAUCUCUCUGCCCAAAGGAAAGUGUGAAGGUCCAGAUGUUGAAAUGGAGGGGGGUGCUGGAGGUAAAUUCAAAAUGUCUCACAUUAAAAUGCCCAAUAUUGACAUAUCUCUGCCCAAAGGAAAGAUUGAGGGUCCAGAGAUGGAGAUCCAAGGACAAGGUAGAAAGUUUAAGAUGCCACAUCUCAACAUGCCUUCUGUUGAUAUAUCUCUUCCCAGAGAAAAGAUUGACGGCCCAGAUGUUGAAAUGGAGGGAGGUACAGGAGGAACAUUCAAAAUGCCUCACAUGAAAAUGCCCAAUAUCGACAUCUCUCUGCCCAAAGGAAAGUGUGAAGGUCCAGAUGUUGAAAUGGAGGGGGGUGCUGGAGGAAAAUUCAAAAUGCCUCACAUGAAAAUGCCCAAUAUCGACAUCUCUCUGCCCAAAGGAAAGAUUGAGGGUCCAGAUGUUGAAAUGGAGGGAGGUACCAGAGGGAAAUUUAAAAUGCCUCACAUGAAAAUGCCCAAUAUCGACAUCUCUGUGCCCAAAGGAAAGUGUGACGGUCCAGAUGUAGAAAUGGAGGGGGGUGCUGGAGGGAAAUUCAAAAUGCCUCACAUGAAAAUGCCCAAUACAGACAUCUCUCUGCCCAAAGGAAAGAUUGAGGGUCCAGAGAUGGAGAUCCCAGGAGAAGGUGGAAAGUUUAAGAUGCCACAUCUCAACAUGCCCUCUGUUGAUAUAUCACUUCCUAAAGGAAAGAUUGAGGGUACAGAUGUUGAAAUGGAGGAAGGUACUGGAGGGAAAUUUAAAAUGCCUCAAAUGAAAAUGCCCACUAUCGACAUCUCUCUGCCCAAAGGAAAGAUUGAGCGUCCAGAUGUUGAAAUGGAGGGAGGUACCGGAGGGAAAUUCAAAAUGCCUCACAUGAAAAUGCCCAAUAUCGACAUCUCUCUGCCCAAAGGAAAGUGUGACGGUCCAGAUGUAGAAAUGGAGGGGGGUGCUGGAGGGAAAUUCAAAAUGCCUCACAUGAAAAUGCCCAAUAUCGACAUCUCUCUGCCCAAAGGAAAGUGUGACGGUCCAGAUGUAGAAAUGGAGGGGGGUGCUGGAGGGAAAUUCAAAAUGCCUCACAUGAAAAUGCCCAAUACAGACAUCUCUCUGCCCAAAGGAAAGAUUGAGGGUCCAGAGAUGGAGAUCCCAGGAGAAGGUGGAAAGUUUAAGAUGCCACAUCUCAACAUGCCCUCUGUUGAUAUAUCACUUCCUAAAGGAACGAUUGAGGGUACAGAUGUUGAAAUGGAGGGAGGUACUGGAGGGAAAUUUAAAAUGCCUCACAUGAAAAUGCCCACUAUCGACAUCUCUCUGCCCAAAGGAAAGAUUGAGCGUCCAGAUGUUGAAAUGGAGGGAGGUACCGGAGGGAAAUUAAAAAUGCCUCACACGAAAAUGCCCAAUAUCGACAUCUCACUAGCCAAAGGAAAGAAUGAGGGUCCAGAGAUGGAGAUCCCAGGAGAAGGUGGAAAGUUUAAGAUGCCACAUCUCAACAUGCCCGCUGUUGAUAUAUCACUUCCUAAAGGAAAGAUUGAGGGUCCAGAUGUUGAAAUGGAGGGAGGUACUGGAGGGAAAUUCAAAAUGCCUCACAUGAAAAUGCCUCACAUGAAAAUGCCCACUAUCGACAUCUCUCUGCCCAAGGGAAAGAUUGAGCGUCCAGAUGUUGAAAUGGAGGGAGGUACCGGAGGUAAAUUCAAAAUGCCCCACAUUAAAAUGCCCAAUAUCGACAUCUCACUUCCCAAAGGAAAGCUUGAGGGUCCAGAGAUGGAGAUCCAAGGAGAAGGUGGAAAGUUUAAGAUGCCACAUCUCAACAUGCCCUCUGUUGAUAUAUCACUUCCUAAAGGAACGAUUGAGGGUACAGAUGUUGAAAUGGAGGGAGGUACUGGAGGGAAAUUUAAAAUGCCUCACAUGAAAAUGCCCAAUAUCGACAUCUCUCUGCCCAAAGGAAAGAUUGAGCGUCCAGAUGUUGAAAUGGAGGGAGGUACCGGAGGGAAAUUAAAAAUGCCUCACACGAAAAUGCCCAAUAUCGACAUCUCACUAGCCAAAGGAAAGAAUGAGGGUCCAGAGAUGGAGAUCCCAGGAGAAGGUGGAAAGUUUAAGAUGCCACAUCUCAACAUGCCCGCUGUUGAUAUAUCACUUCCUAAAGGAAAGAUUGAGGGUCCAGAUGUUGAAAUGGAGGGAGGUACUGGAGGGAAAUUCAAAAUGCCUCACAUGAAAAUGCCUCACAUGAAAAUGCCCACUAUCGACAUCUCUCUGCCCAAGGGAAAGAUUGAGCGUCCAGAUGUUGAAAUGGAGGGAGGUACCGGAGGUAAAUUCAAAAUGCCCCACAUUAAAAUGCCCAAUAUCGACAUCUCACUUCCCAAAGGAAAGCUUGAGGGUCCAGAGAUGGAGAUCCAAGGAGAAGGUGGAAAGUUUAAGAUGCCACAUCUCAACAUGCCCUCUGUUGAUAUAUCACUUCCUAAAGGAAAGAUUGAGGGUCCAGAUAUUGAAAUGGAGGGGGGUACCGGAGGGAAAUUCAAAAUGCCUCACAUGAAAAUGCCCAAUAUCGACAUCUCACUGCCCAAAGGAAAGAUUGAGGGUCCAGAGAUGGAGAUCCAAGGAGAAGGUGGAAAGUUUAAGAUGCCACAUCUCAACAUGCCCUCUGUUGAUAUAUCACUUCCUAAAAGCAAGAUUGAGGGUCCAGAUGUUAAAAUGGAGGGAGGUACUGGAGGGAAAUUUAAAAUGCCUCACAUAAAAAUGCCCAAUAUGGACAUCUCUCUGCCCAAAGGAAAGAUUGAGCGUCCAGAUGUUGAAAUGGAGGGAGGUACCGGAGGUAAAUUCAAAAUGCCCCACAUUAAAAUGCCCAAUAUCGACAUCUCACUGCCCAAAGGAAAGAUUGAGGGUCCAGAGAUGGAGAUCCAAGGAGAAGGUGGAAAGUUUAAGAUUCCACAUCUCAACAUGCCCUCUGUUGAUAUAUCAUUUCCUAAAGGAAAGAUUGAGGGUCCAGAUGUUGAAAUGGAGGGGGGUACCGGAGGGAAAUUCAAAAUGCCUCACAUGAAAAUGCCCAAUAUCGACAUCUCACUACCCAAAGGAAAGAUUGAGGGUCCAGAGAUGGAGAUCCAAGGAGAAGGUGGAAAGUUUAAGAUGCCACAUCUCAACAUGCCCUCUGUUGAUAUAUCACUUCCUAAAAGAAAGAUUGAGGGUCCAGAUGUUGAAAUGGAGGGAGGUACUAGAGGGAAAUUUAAAAUGCCUCACAUAAAAAUGCCCAAUAUGGACAUCUCUCUACCCAAAGGAAAGAUUGAGGGUCCAGAUGUUGAAAUGGAGGGGGGUACUGGAGGGAAAUUUAAAAUGCCUCACAUAAAAAUCCCCAAUAUGGACAUCUCUCAGCCCAAAGGAAAGAUUGAGGGCCCAGAUGUUGAAAUGGAGGGAGGUACUGGAGGGAAAUUUAAAAUGUCUCACAUAAAAAUGCCCAAUAUGGACAUCUCUCUGCUCAAAGGAAAGAUUGAGGGUCCAGAUGUUGAAAUGGAGGGGGGUACCGGAGGGAAAUUCAAAAUGCCUCACAUGAAAAUGCCAAAUAUCGACAUCUCACUGCCCAAAGGAAAGAUUGAGGGUCCAGAGAUGGAGAUCCAAGGAGGUGGAAAGUUUAAGAUGCCACAUCUCAACAUGCCCUCUGUUGAUAUAUCACUUCCUAAAGGAAAGAUUGAGGGUCCAGAUGUUGAAAUGGAGGGAGGUACUGGAGGGAAAUUUAAAAUGCCUCACAUAAAAAUGCCCAAUAUUGACAUCUCUCUGCCCAAAGGAAAGAUUGAGGGUCCAGAGAUGGAGAUCCAAGGAGAUGGUAGACAGUUUAAGAUGCCACAUCUCAACAUGCCCUCUGUUGAUAUAUCACUUCCUAAAGGAAAAAUUGAGGGUCCAGAUAUUGAAAUGGAGGGAGGUACCGGAGGGAACUUCAAAAUACCUCACAUGAACGUGCCCAAUAUCAACAUCUCUCUGCCCAAAGGUAAGAUUGAAGGUCCAGAUAUUAAAAUGGGGGAAGCUUCCGCACGGAAAUUCAAAAUGCCUCACAUGAAAAAGCCUAACAUCGACAUCUCUCUGCCCAAAGGGGAGAUUGAGGGUCCAGAGAUGGAGAUCAAAGGAGAAGGUGGGAAAUUCAAGAUGCCACAUCUCAACAUUCCUUCUGUUGGUACAUCACUUCCCAAAGGAAAGGUUGAAAGUUCAGAUUUUGAAAUAGAGGGAGGUAAUGGGGGAAAGUUAAAAAUGCCUCGUUGGAAAAUGCCAGAUUUUGACAUCUCUCUGCCUCCAAGAAAACCUGAGGGCCCAAAUCUUGAAACAGAGGGAGUUGCAGGAGGAAACUUAACAUUGCCUCACAUAAAAAUGCCAGAUACUGACAUCUCUCUGCCCAAAGGCAAAAUUGAAGGAGCAAAGUUUAAAAUUGAGGGAGGCAUAUCUAAAAUGCCACAGAUGAAAAUGCCCUCAGUAGACAUUUCACUGCCAAAAGGAAAACCUGAAGGUCCCAAUGUUGAUGAGGGAGGAAAGUUCAAGAUGCCAACAGUAGACAUAUCUCUUCCUCACGGAAAACCUUUAAUCAAAGGUCCAGAGGUAGAGAUUAAGGCAGAUGGGCGACAGUUUCAGAUGCCGAAUGUCAACAUAUCUAUCCCUGUAGGAAAAGCAAAUAUUGAUAUACCAGAAGAGAAAAUGGAGGCAGAGGGAGGAAUAAUCAAACUGCCACUUAUCAAGAUGCCAAAAGUUGGUAUCUCUCUACCUAAAGGUAAAAGUAAAGCACCUGCUGUAGAGAUGAACAUUUCAGGAGGAAGGUUCAAAUGUCCACAUGUUAAACUUCCAAAUGAAAGUAUAUCACUGCACAAGAGUAAAGCAGGUGAAGCAGAGAUCAGCUUACCAACCAUUGAGGCAGGAGGGAAAAUAAACGUUUCACAAGUCACAUCACCAGAUUUGGACAUCGAUGUGACACUAAGUAAAGCCAAGCAAGACACAGAAGCAUGUGAAGAAGCUGAUCUGCAUGUUGAGGGAGAGCACAAAGGUCUGAAACUCAAGAUGCCAACAAUAGAUAUCAAAGGUCCAAAAGGAGACCUGGAGCUUGAUCUAGGACUUCAUAGAGAAGAGGGCAAGAAGGACAGGAAAAGGGUUGAACUACCUGAUUUGGAUCUCAACACAGCAGUAACCACCAGCAAAGUAAAGGGGCCAAAAGUCAAAGGAACAAAAUUCAGGAUUGGAAUGCCAAAAAAGAAAACUGGCAGAGAUCUAACAGCAGAAGUAAAAAUGUGCAACAACUGUGGCGAUGAAGAGUUAGGUGGUCAGGUCAAACACAGAUGCAAAACUAAAGAAAGAUUUGAUUACGAAGUUGAAAUUGAAACCCACAACGGACAUAAAGAGAACAAAGAUCGUAUUAAUAUACCAGUGCCAGAGGUUACAUUACCAAGUGUUAGUCUGAAAACCAUAGAAGGAGAGGGUGGCACAUGGUCAUCUAAAGCAGAAAUCAAAGUUCCCAGGAUUCCAGAAAUAGAGUUUGAUAUUGGUACAUCACAAGACGAAGAUGAGGACAAAACAGAAAAAGGCAAGAAAAUCCAAAUCCCUAAAUUUGGUGUUCCAUUGCCCUUCAUCUCCUCUCCUGAUGGAAGAAUGAAUAUCUAUGGGCAAGACAUCCAGUAUGAGGGCCCUAAAAUGCCAAAAGUAAAGAAAGCUGUUUUUGUCUUAGUAAAUCCUGCACAGGCAGAUGGGCCCGCUGCAUGCACAGGCCUCCUAGAAGAGGAGACAACAUCUGAGGCUGAAAAAGAGCAUGUCAAAGUGAAAAUGCCCAAAAUCGAAAUGAAACCAAGUUUUGACAAGUCCAAAGAUAAAUCAGCGACCGUAUCAUUUCCUCCUGGCAAAUCAGGGUUGUUCGACAUCAGUCUAAAGGGUGAAGGUUCAAGUUCAAGUCUCAACAGUGAAAAAGAUGCAAAUCCUCACAAGGUCUCUAAGGAAAAUAAAGGGACAUUCAGUGGCAAAAUCAAACUUCCAAAAGUGGAGUUAACCUCUCCAUAUGGUAAGAUGGCUGCAGAGGGGGAGGACAAGGAAAUGAGUGUGAAACCGGGAGAAGUGGAAGACACUAAAGGGCUUAAACUAAUAUCAGGCAAGAUCGCCUUUGUUGGUUAUAGUGAGGAUCUCUCGAAGGAUGUGGUGUCAUCUCAUGCCAGAACAGAUAUGCUGGAUAGGGACAGCUCAGAGUCCCCGGCUAGUUCUACCAUGGAGUUCAGCUCAGCAAAGGUCAAGGCUUGGAGUGAGGUCGAGAGCCAAAGCAGGGAGUCUGAAGAAAGAGAGUCUUCCACCUGGUUCAAGGUCCCAAAGUUCACCCUGAAGCCACACUCCACAGGCUUCCUCCAAAUAACCCCAGAGGGUUCUCCUCAGGCCCUGCGGAAGGGAGAGGUGGGGGGUGAGGCCGACGUGUUGGGGUCUUUCUGCCUCCACACCCCAGGGCUCCACUUAACCACCCAGGAAAUGUCCGAAGAGCACCAAGUCUCCUCUGCCGAGGAGGGAACUCUUACCAUGGUAACCAAGACCACCAAAAUCACCCAGCACACAGUUACCACUGAAACGCGAGCAGGUGAAUCUUCUGCAACCACGACAACAACUCACCAGGUGUCGGACUUCAAGUACUGAGGAAUACUGUAAUGAUAUCUUAAAUGUCUUCUUCUUUUUUGUUUUUCUUUGGUAAGGUUGCUGUGUUCUUGUAUGCUGCAAUGUGGCAAACCUUGAUUUAGUAAGACUCUUUAUUUUAUAUUUUAUUAGGUGAGGUAUGAAUGUGAUGAAAAAUUAUGAGAUUUCAUCAAUCCGUAAUAUUGUCCUUAUAAAAGCAACAGAGUAAUAUAUGCUUCCUUUUUGCAUUUUAAAUGUGAUAUUUUGUUGUUACUGUUCUUUGAGUUUAGUCCUAAUUAUUUAGCAGACUUUGUUUGAUUUGAAAGUGUUCACUCUGAAUGUAAACACGUCACAUUGCUUUAUUAUUUAUUGUUGUUUGUGUGUUCAAAAUGCGCUGGAAUGAGUCUUUCACUCACAUCAGCAUCAUGGAUUUAACCACGAUUAUUUCAAAAUAACUCAUUUUGAACCACUACAGUACAGGCCAGAGUAAUAUUAAUGUAUAUACAACUAUGUCACUGCCUUUUGGAAGCAGCAUCCCUUUGAUUGGAAAUGUAACUAUUUUCAUAUUCACCAAUUGGGAGUAGAUUUUUUUUCUGAUCCUAUUUCGUUUGUCUUGGAGGAUAAGUGUGAGCUUUUUGAGAUUAUAGGCUAUUCUCCUUUGCGGCCAUAGUUUUAUAUUCAAGCAUUUAGCUGGUGCUGUUACCCAGAGAUAGUCACAGUGAGUGGGCAGGACACUGCACUCGUUUUCUGCUGUGGGGAUCAAAUCUGUGACCUUCUGGUAACAGGUUGCUCUUGAUCAUUUACUGUAGGCCACCCUGCUGCUAGUCUUUUUUUUAUAUCGAUGUUUUUACUGUACACUGCCAGAAAUAGAAGCCACUAUAUAUUUAAUGGUAGAGGCUUUUAGCUCAAAGAUACGCCUCCUGACUGAUGCUGAUUUUUUUAAACUCUGCGAACUGUUUUGAGUUUCAAAACAUCGACAACGGGCUGGCAGGGAAUUUGGGGAAGUGCUGUUGGGCGCUUUAACACAAUCGGUGAGAGUUUUAAAAACUGUAAACUUUUUUCUCUUGACACAAAAAACUCUAAUAGGAUGUUCCUGUCAGGCUGCUGCAAUGUGACAUUGGCUAUGGAGUGGCGAGCCUUGAUGUUGUACCAAAGCUUUCACGUAACAAAAUUAUAAAAGACUGAAGCAAGGUGAUCAAGAACAAGAGGACCAAGGCACUUGUCUCUUUUGAUUAAAAUAUCUUUAAUAACAUUCUUCUAUUUAUUUUUGUAUAAAUAUAUUAAAGAAUAUAUUACAAAAUAACGUUGAAUGUUAGAAUGUCAGAUAUAUAAAAUCAUUUUCAUAAUGGUCCUCUACACCUUAUUUUUCAAAAAGCAUCUCCUUUUUAAAGUAGAAAUUGUUUCAAAUUGGAGGGGCACUUGUGCUGUCUUUUAGAUCUUUAUUUUAUUGUCUCAUUGAGAAAUAUAAGUUUCAUUUGCAAAUGCAGUAACUACCAUUUGAACAACUGCUAUUGAUAUGUCUCCGGCAAUAAAUGAAAACUACUGAUUGUAUACACAUAGCCAUUUACAGUUUCACAGGAUACAACUAUCGGAUUAUUCAAAAUAAGGAUCAACUUUUCAAGUGGAUGUAAAGCAUUCAAGAAUGAACAUUUGACUUUGAUUACUUUACUUGGUUGGUAGAUGGAAUGAAAUUGUGUGAUAAAAUGAAUAAAUCAUGACAAAUUG